GCGGGCAUCUAGCAGUGAGGCAGGAGAUGCAGCAGAGCUGCGGAGCUCCCCCCCCGCCCACCGUGUGGCCAUCGUCCAGCACCACCCUCUGCCGCUGCCCGAAGCGGGGCGGGGGCGUGCCGGGGGUGGGCGGGCGCGGAGGGCGGCCCGCCCGGGGGGCGUCCCGCAGAACCGCCCGCCCCCCGAGGGCUCCUUUGUUAUUUCGGCCGAGCGCCGCAGCCGCGCCCCUCGCCCCGGCCGUGCCGCCCCUCGCGGGAGCGCGCCCGGCGCCCCCCUCGCCCUCGCCUCGCCCCGCUCCGCUCCGCCGCUGUCCGGCGGAACCUUCCAGCGCCGCCGCCCCGCGGGGCCGCCGCCAUGGGCACCGCGGCGCGCUGAGCCCGAGCCCCGCGCUGAGCCCGAGCCCCCGCCAUGGAGCUGGGCAAGGUGACUGUCAGCAUCAAUAAGGCCAUUAAUGCGCAGGAAGUGGCUGUCAAGGAGAAACACGCCAGGACAUGCAUCCUGGGCACGCACCAUGAGAAGGGAGCACAGACCUUCUGGUCAGUGGUGAACCGGCUGCCGCUGUCCGGCAAUGCCGUGCUCUGCUGGAAGUUCUGCCACGUCUUCCACAAGCUGCUCCGGGAUGGACAUUCCAAUGUCCUGAAAGACUCCGUGCGAUACAAGAAUGAGCUGAGCGACAUGAGCAGGAUGUGGGGCCACCUGAAUGAGGGCUACGGUCAGCUCUGCAGCAUCUACCUCAAACUGCUGAGAACCAAGAUGGAAUUUCACACCAAGAAUCCUCGAUUCCCUGGAAAUCUGCAGAUGUCUGACCGGCAGCUUGAUGAGGCUGGGGAGAACGACGUCAAUAAUUUUUUUCAGCUGACGGUGGAGAUGUUUGACUACCUGGAGUGUGAGCUGAACCUCUUCCAGACAGUGUUCAGCUCCCUGGACAUGUCACGCUCAGUGUCAGUGACAGCAGCAGGGCAGUGCCGUCUGGCCCCACUCAUCCAGGUGAUCCUGGACUGCAGCCACCUCUACGACUACACAGUCAAGCUGCUCUUCAAGCUCCACUCCUGUCUGCCAGCAGAUACGCUGCAGGGCCACCGGGAUCGCUUCCUGGAGCAGUUCCGAAAGCUCAAGGACCUUUUCUACCGCUCCAGCAACCUACAGUACUUCAAGCGGCUGAUUCAGAUCCCACAGCUGCCAGAGAACCCUCCCAAUUUCCUGCGUGCCUCUGCGCUGUCAGAGCACAUUAGCCCUGUGGUGGUGAUCCCUGCUGAGGCGUCCUCACCUGACAGCGAGCCCAUCACAGACCUGGUGGAGAUGGACGCAGCCUCACAGAGCCUGUUUGACAACAAGUUUGAUGACAUCUUUGGCAGCUCCUUCAGCUGCGACCCCUUCAACUUCAACAGCCAGAACGGGAUGAGCAAGGAUGACAAGGACCGGCUAAUUGAGCGGCUUUAUGGGGAGAUCACAGCCCUCAAGGAGGGGCUGGAGAACUUCAAGGCUGAGAGUGCACGGGGUGCAGUGCAGCUACGUGGCCGUGCCAGUGAGCUGGAAGCUGAGCUGGCCGAGCAACAGCACCUGAAGCAGCAGGCACAGGACGAGAGUGAGUUCCUGCGUGCAGAGCUGGAGGAGCUGAAGAAGCAGCGGGAGGACACGGAGAAGGCUCAGCGGAGCCUGACGGAAAUUGAGAGACGGGCACAGGCCAACGAGCAGCGGUACAGCAAACUGAAGGAGAAGUACAGCGAGCUGGUACAGAACCACGCUGACCUGCUGCGCAAGAACGCAGAGGUGACCAAGCAGAUUACAGUGGCCAGGCAGGCCCAGGGGGAUGUGGAGCGGGAGAAGAAGGAGCUGGAGGACUCCUUCCAGCGGGUGAGCGAGCAGGCACAGAGGAAGUCUCAGGAGCAGGCAGAGGUGCUGGAGGCACUGAAGCGAGAGCUGGCAACCAGCAGACAGGAGCUGCAGGUUCUUCAGGGCACGCUGGAGUCCAGCACACAGGCAGGAGUGGAGCAGAGCACUCAGAUUGCCAGCCUGGAGCAGGAAAGGGACAGGCUGAGCCGAGCAGCAGAGCAGCACAGGGAAGAGAUGGCAGCUCUGCAGGCUGAGCUGCAGCAGCUGCAGGACACGCUCAGCCAUGAGCAGGAGAGUAGCAGGACAGAGCUGGAGAUGCUGCAGACCCAGCUGAGAGACAAGGAGAGCACAGAGCAAGCACUGCAGCAGCUCCUGGCCAAGGAGCAGCUAUCCCUGCUGCAGGGCACCACGCAGGAGGCCAAGCGCAUGGUGCAGGAUGCCCUGGCUCGCAUGGAGGAUCCUGCUCACAUCAGCUGCACCGGCUCAGCAGAUUGCCUCCUGUCCCAGACGCUGGCAGCCUCCGAGUGCGCAAAGCGGCUGCAGGAUGCACACAGCAAGUACCUUUUGGAUGGUGCAGCCAUGGGCUCCUUGCUGCCCUGCCUGGCCCUCUUCGCCCACCUGGUCAGCAACACCCUCCUGCAGGGCAGUGCGACGUCCCAUGUGGCCCCUGUGGAGCCUGCUGACCGUCUGCUGGAGCUGUGCAAGCAGUGUGGCAGUGAGGCUGUGAGCUACCUCAGCGCCCUGCAAGACCCAGGGACAGUGGCAAGUGCUGACUGCAGCCUGGUGACAGCCUGCCUGGGCCAGAUCAGCGCCAUCGGGGAGGAGCUGCGUCCCAGAGGUCUGGACAUCAAACAGGAGGAGCUGGGUGACCUAGUGGACAAGGAGAUGGCAGCAACAGCCGCGGCCAUCGAAACUGCAUCUGCCCGUAUUGAGGAGAUGCUGAGCAAGGCACGGGCUGGUGACACUGGGGUCAAACUGGAAGUUAACGAGAGGAUCCUGGGCUCUUGCACAGGCCUCAUGCAGGCCAUCCAUGUCCUGGUCCUAGCCUCCAAGGACCUCCAGAGAGAGAUUGUGGAGAGUGGACGGGGUGCAGCAUCCCCCAAGGAGUUCUAUGCCAAGAAUUCACGCUGGACCGAGGGUCUCAUCUCUGCCUCCAAGGCAGUGGGCUGGGGUGCCACUGUCAUGGUUGAUGCUGCUGACCUGGUAGUGCAAGGCAAGGGGACAUUCGAGGAGCUGAUGGUCUGUUCCCGGGAGAUCGCAGCCAGCACCGCGCAGCUAGUGGCAGCCUCCAAGGUGAAGGCAGACAAAGACAGUGCCAACCUCUGCAAGCUCCAGCAAGCCUCCCGGGGCGUCAGCCAGGCCACAGCCAGUGUGGUGGCCUCCACCAAGGCUGGAAAGUCUCAGGUGGAGGAGAAAGAUAGCAUGGACUUCUCCAGCAUGACGCUCACCCAGAUCAAGCGUCAGGAGAUGGACUCACAGGUGCGGGUGCUGGAGCUGGAGAACCAGCUGCAGAAGGAGCGGCAGAAGCUGGGGGAGCUGCGCAAGAAGCACUACGAGCUGGCUGGUGUGGCGGAGGGCUGGGAGGAGGACGCUGCAGAUUAGCACCAGUAGUAGAAGCAGCCCGCAGGGGCACCUGGGACCCUGCGGUGGACACCUCUGGGACCUCACUUGGUGCAGUCUGUUGAGAAGAUCCCCAAGGAAGUGGUGCAGAGGCCUCCCUGAAGCACACCUCCCCUGUGACCCCCGAGGAGCAGCCUCCAGCACCAGAACCGAGCAGCCAGCAAGACCCUGGGGCGGGGGCGAGGGUGCAAACCACACCUGUAUUUAUUAGACCUGCUGGGGGUGGGGGGAGGUGUCUACGUGGAGGUCUUUAACCCUUUAGUUUUGUUUUUGCACAGACUCUGGGAACUCCUAGAGCCAUCUCUGGCUGAGCAAGAGUAGUCAGGCUUCUCUUGCCUCUCACUGCUUUUCCAGCCUUAAUCCAUCCCCUGUGCUCAACAUGAAUGUCGCCCCACCCCAGGAAUGAGCAUGCUGAAGGCCCCGGGGGUGCCACUGUGUGGAGGACAGCUUUUGGGGUGCUGCUAGGCUUGGUGCUAAGUGUGCUCCCCCUGGCGGGGACACUGAGUGCCUUUGGCCACUGCAGGCUAAGAAGAGGUGGUGCUCUCAUGGACACUUUGGCCGGUGACACAGGGUAUCAGGAAUAGCUAGGAAAGGGACAGGAACAGAAGGGAUGUUGCAAUGAGCUCCUGCCUCUCAUUCCAGGUCCCCAAAACGUCUCCCAGGCUCCCCCUGAGCUGGGCUGCUCUGCCCUGACAGUUCACUGUGUUCAUGCCAGCAAUAAACCCUCUGCAAGGUGCUGGGUGCGGGCUUGUGCCACCAUGGUGCCACCGCACAAUCCACCAGCUCCUGGGGACAGGGGUUGACUCUAGGGCAGCAGCACAGAGGGUUUGGGAGGAUGCCAGGGUGCCCCAAAGCCAGAGUAAGCAGCUCCCUGUCCUUGCUCACUUUGGUGGUACCCUGGUGAUCACCACCCUCUUGGGUGCAGGGGGACUAGGGCCAGUGUGGCUGUGGGCAUGGGGCUGGCACCAGCCUGGGAACCUUUGUGCCUUGAGCAGGGGGCUCAGAGAGCAGGGGGCAUCAGCCACCUCCAGGCCCCCCAGCUCAUCUCGCUGCAGUGGAGACAGUGAUGUCAGACCACGCAGUGAUAUCCCCAUCCCCUAUGGUCCUGCUGGUGCCCCUGCUGGGACCAGUGUCCCUCCACUUGGGGUGCUGAGGACAGGAUUUGGCCUUUCUCCCUUGGGGAAGGGUCAGGGCUGUCAACUGUGCUUUCCCAACAAUGCCUACCUGUCAGCACCCAGCUGGCACUUGGAGCAGUGGGACCUGCCACCACCGUGGCCUCAGAGCUGCCACCCCUCCAUGCAGCUAUCCAGCAUGCAGGGGCCUCCUGUUCCCAUGUCCCCUGCCAGUCCUGCUGCCGGACCAUCUGCCUGCCAGAGACCUGGACCUCCCCCUGGGGGUCCUGCUGCUUCCCUAUCCUCAACCCCUACUGGCUCCCCUCAGAUGCAAUACCAACCAUCCUGUUCCUGCAGGACAUAGGGAGCCCCAAAACUCUCCACUUCAUUUGGGGGGAGUCUUGCCUGCACGCCCAACUACCUCAGGCCUUGGGGCUGGGGAGUGGCCUGGGGGUCACAGUGGCAGUGGGGGCUUGGGGACAGCAGCAUCGCUCUGGGCCAGAUCCACUUGUCCCUUUUGUAUCUCAGCCAGGCAUGGGCAGAGAGUCCCUGCAGUGUCCUCAGUGAUGGCAGCUGGUGAUGGGGAUGGUGGGGGCCCCCCCACUGCAGGGCUAGGUGAUUCGGGUUUUCAUUGUAUGAUAAUAAUGACCACGUUGUUUGUUUUGGAUUUUUCAAUAAAGCCUUCAGCCCAGC